AUGGGGACACCCAGGACCCUAGAGGAGGGCUCCUCGUCGCCGCAGGUUCCGGAAUGCGCCGUCGAGGUCCAGCCUCAAGGGGCCGUGCAGCCUCAGGGGCACCCCGAGGAUCCCCAAGAGGACAAGGAGCCCGAGGUUUCAGCGGAGCUUCCAAGCUGCCAGGGAGCUGAGCGGCAGGCCGAGGAAGAGGAAGAAGUGGAAGAAGGUAGCAGCACCGAGAGCUGCCGCGAAGAGGUGAGGGACACCCCAGCAGGGCCCAAGUCCAGGUCCACAGCAGGCUUGUUUUCUCAGGAGCAGAGGCAGCUGAGCCAGGAGCGGGAUCAUGUUGAGAGUCUUCGCCAGCGACUUAGGGAAGCCCAAGGACAGCUUGAUUCACAACCGGAGGACCAGAGAGAGCGGCUCUCACAAGGGGUACAAGAGAUCAGAGAGCAGCUGGAUGCAGCCCAGCGUACCUAUGAGGAUCUGGAGUUCCAGCAGCUGGAGCGCGAGAGUCGUGUGGAGGAGGAACGGGGCAGCCCUGAGGUCCCAGCUCUGGACUCCAAGGUCCGGGAGCUUCAGGCCAGCGUGGCCCAACACAAGCGCCGCAUCCAGGUCUUGGAGGAACAGCUCAGGUGUCUGGGGGAGCAGAUGGCCGCCGAGAGCUGGGGACUGAGCAGGAAGAAGGAGGAGGCUGUUCAGGCUCUUACCCAGGAACGGAACCGGCUGUUCGAGCUCAAUUGCCUGCAGGGAACAUGUGGUGGGGACUUCUCUGAGCCCGACCAAGCGCUCACCAAGCUGCUGUUCACACAGAAGACAGACCGUCAGCUGCUGGUGCUUCAGGACCCCGCUGCACAUGCUGCCUCCGCCAGCUCCACUUCUUCAUGCCUCUUCUCCGUGCACAGCUCCCUGCAGGGGUCUAUUGGUCUCCAGAGGACAGGAAGCCUGCCCCGGAGGAGAGGAGACAGGGCCAGCCAGAGGGGGUCCUCCCGGCCUUUGUCCCUCCACUGUACAGGACCCCUGGAAGCUUCCGCUCUUACAGAAGCUGUGGGGACCCCGGGGAGACACCCUCUCUAUCAGCUGCUCAACUGUGGUCCUGGGAAUAGACACUCGCUUCACCCAGACAUCGCACACAUGGAGCGACUUCUGCAGCAGGCUGUGGCCGAGAGGGAACGACUGCUCAAGGCCAGGGAAGGGAUGAGAAGAAGCCGAGAAAGUUCCACAGGCCCUGCAGUACCUGCCAUCAUGGCCCCGCCCCCGCCCCCCCCCAGCCCUCCAGAUCCCCAGGUCUUGGACCUCCCACAGCACCUGGAACGCUGGGGCCACAAUCCGGAAAGCUGCCCCCACUUGCGGGUGUCCGGGGGCUGCUGUCGUGGGCCCCUGGUGAAGAUGGGCGGCCGCAUCAAAACGUGGAGGAAACGCUGGUUUUGCUUUGACCGAAAGGCGCGCCGUCUGGCUUACUAUGCCGACAAGGAAGAGACCAAGCUCAAAGGUGUCAUCUAUUUCCAGGCCAUCGAGGAAGUCUACUAUGACCACUUACGCUGUGCCUUCAAGAGCCCCAGCCCCCGCCUGACCUUCUGUGUCAAGACCUACGAGCGCCUUUUCUAUAUGGUGGCCCCCAGCCCGGAAGCCAUGCGGAUUUGGAUGGACGUCAUCGUGACCGCUGCGGACGAAAACCACGCCCCCUGAGCCCCUGAGCGGCCCCGCCCUCUGAGAAGGGACGUCCCCCGCGAGCUGCGCCCCCAGACGCACCUUCCGGCCUUCGGGGCCCCGCCCACUUCAGGAAGCUCUUGUCCUCGGCCCCGCCCCUUUGGCCUUCUCCCGGGAUCUUUGCAGCCGCCCCAGCUCAGCGGGCCUGAGCCACGGAGGGCUGGGCUGCAGGUGGCUCCCAGCGGCAGCAUCGCCAGGCCCUGGAGGCCCCGCUUGGGGACAGGAGGAAGAUUACAGGGGCGGAAGGAACUAUUUAUUGGUGCUCCUCUGAUACCGAAUUAAACAUGAUGAAAAACCAGG